AUGUGCCGAGAUGAGCAGCUUUUCACCUCAUAUUACGAAUCCAUUUUCCAACAACAAGAAGCGAGACAGAACCCAGAGAAUGUACAGCAGCCGGGUGAUGGCGAAGUCUAUCCUGAAGGCGAAACCCAGCCGGGUGAGCAUGGGUCAGGGGGGUCAGCGGGGUCAGGGAAAAAACGACGGAGGAAGUUUUUGCCUUAUGUGGACAAGAGGACCAUGACAAACAACCCACUUUUCGAGGAAGAACUUGCGGACGAGCUACAAGAUGUUGAUGACCUUCAGGAUUUGGAGGGUUUGGAGGUAUUGAAGAAGAAUGGCAUAAAGUUUACCCGGUUCAAGUUCGUCAGAAAUGAGCUUCCCGUGUGGAAGCCUGGUGAUGUUUUUAAGCACAGAGAUUUCUUUUAUGACGUGCUGAGGCAGUAUGCAAUAAUGUCAAGAAGGUGGGUGCACGUGAAAAGAAACGACGGCGACAAAAUUCGUGCGAUUUGUAAAGGGCAAGGAUGUGAUUGGUAUGUGUACUUGAGGAAGCACGAAAUACACAAUGGUCAUGAUUAUGUAGUGUUGAAUAUGCAACGCGAUCACGCGCAUACAUGCUCUCAAGUAUUGGAUUCGAAGUGGCUGACGGCCAAGUGGCUAGGGGAGCGUUAUAUGGAGAAGAUCAAAGCUAACCCUCAUAUUCCGCUUGCAGCUAUACGGCAAUGCGUCGAUGAAGAUUUUGGCCUGAAGAUAGGUAGGAUGAAGGCCCAUCGGGCCAGAGAGCACGCAGUGGACGCCAUUUUCGGCUCUGCGGCGUCCAAAUACAGACACUUGUUCUACUAUAAAGCCGAAUUGGAGCGGACGCACCCUGAAUCCAGCAUUCAUAUACAUUAUGAGAAUAUGAGGGAAUCUGGUGCCGUUGGACCGAGAUUCAUGAGGUUUUACUGCUGUCUAGGGCCACUGAAAAAAGGAUGGAGGGAGUUAUGUCGCCCGAUUAUCUUCUUCGACGCUUGUUUCUUGCGAGGGAUGUACAAAGGCCAGCUAAUGACAGCAAUGGGGAUUGAUCCCAACAAUGGCUGGUGGCCGAUUGCUUGGGCGGUGACUGAGGCCGAGAGUUAUGUCCAGUGGAAGUGGUUCGUGGAGUACUUGGCCGAUGACCUAAACUUGCAUGCAAAUGGGCCAUGUUAUGUGUUUAUGUCUGACCAACAAAAGGGCCUUGCAAAGUUGCUUGCUGAGGAAUUCCCACAAAGUGAGCAUCGCUUUUGUGUUCAGCACAUAUACAAUAAUUUUAAGAAGAGAUUUGUUGGUGAAGAUUUCAAAGACCGGUUGUGGGAGAUUGCCUCGAGUACCACCCUCGAACAGUAUGUGGCUUUGAUGGAUGCUUUGCAAACCGAAUAUCCCAGUGCACACCAGUGGCUUUCUAGAGUAGCUCCCAAAGAAAAGUGGGUCAAGUCCCUUUUCUCUCCACACACCUGUUGUGAUGUGAUCCUGAACAACAUCUGUGAGACAUUCAAUUCGAAGAUUGCAUUGGCUCGCGAGAAAGCAAUUAUCAGCAUGUUGGAGGACAUUCGAACAAGUCAAAUGGAAAGAAUUCAGAUCAGAGGCCAAUGGAUCAAAAGCUACGAUCACGCAGUUCCGCCUGUUAUCAAGGAGCUUGUUGAUAAGUGGUUCGCGAGGGCUUCAUCGUGGAGGGCUACAUGGAACGGACAGUCUUCGUACCAAGUGUCUGGGCCGUCUGGCCAAUAUGUUGUCAACAUGCGCGAUUUUACUUGUUCUUGCAGAUUGUGGCAGCUAACCGGAAUCCCGUGCACGCAUGCUGAUAAUUGCUUUCUGGCUAUGAACAAGAAUGGCGACGACGUGACGCGAUUCGUUUUCCGAUACUAUUUGAAGUCAACAAUGAUCAUGCUGUACGAGAAUGUCCUCUACCCCAUCAAUGGGGUAGCCAGUUGGCCGAAGAGUACUGUGGAUGGUUCAGUGGAAAUGGCGCCCCCGAGGUCAAAGCGAUAG